AUGGUCCAACUGAAGUCCAGUGAAUCUGAAGGUUAUAACAGAUCUGCAGAUCUCUUACGUGUGUUUAUCAGAGAGCUGAAUGAGAACGACUCUGGAGAAUAUAACAUUACAGUCAAAGUUUCUGAAGACUACAGUAUCUUCUCUGAGUUUAAUCUGGACAUCAGAGACGAUGAUUGUUGUGUGAAGAGCAUCAGUCUAUCAGCUGCUGCAGGAGCAUCUGUGAACAUCAGCUGCAAAUACCCACAAUCCCAUAAAAGAGAUGUGAAGUUUCUCUGCUGGAGAUCUGGAGAUAAUCUCUGUGCUGAAGAGACGUCUGUGAAGGAGAGCAGAAGAUGGAGUCCUGAGGGAAAGAUCCAGCUGUAUGAUGACAGAAAAGAGCAGCUCCUGACGGGAAGAAUCAGUCAUGUGACUGAACAACAUUCAGAAUACUGGUGUGGAGUUCAGUCUGAUCAAGGACACAAGAGCUUCAUCACACGAGUCCUGAUCAACCCUACAGGCUCUUCUCUGAUCAUCCCUCUGGUUCUGGUUCUUCUGGUUCUGAUCUUAGCUGGACUCUUAUUACUGUUUUUCUGUAAGAAGCGUCAGUCUCAAGGCGGUGAUUCGUCAUCUCAGACUGGACCAGGAAAACAUGAAGUGGUUUCUCACACUGGUUGUGAUUAUGAGGAGAUUAAAGUCACUCACAAACAGUUACCCACAAACCCCUCUGAUUCUUCUAACUGCGUUUACGCUACAGUUCAGAAAGCCACUGGUGACUCUCAGUGCUGCAUCACAUCUGCUGAGGAUCUGAAUUACGCAGUGGUGAAUUUCCACAAGAAAUCUGACUGUCAUGACAGUGUCAGUAUCAGGAAUAAUCAGGAUUACAGUGAAUACGCUGCUGUCAAUCAUCUCACCGCUUGACGAACAACAGCAGAGAAUAUAAAUGAGCUGAAUGUUUUAUCACCUUGUCUUUGGUAUUAAGUUUGUGUGUUUGGUGUUUUUUGUUAGUCUUCAGUGAUGCUCCUUUUCCUUAUAUUUUAGUCAGUCUUGUGAAUCAGACUUUUGACUGUUGGCAUGAAGUCUGAUGAAUGUUUAAAUGACAGCGCAGUGUUUUGUUCUGCAGAUGACAAUGAAAGAAAUUAUCAGAAGCUUUUGGUCAGAGUUUGAUGUAAAUAAGUACAGAAUGUUUCAGACAAAAGUGUAAAAUUAAAGCAGAAUAUACAGCUGUGCUCAAUUUUAUAACUUUAGCACAUGCAGCAACUGUUGUUUUUUUUUUCUCAGUUUUCAUUUUAACAGAUAACUUAACCUGAUAACUUAAAAAAAAUCCAGAUGAGGUUGUGAUAUUGUUUGCAAAUGUGAUAUGCAUGAAUUAUGGAAAGCUGAAAUGCACAUAAAAGCACAAUGUCUGAGCUUUAUGAGUGUCCGUUGUGAAGCCUGAGGUCUUUUUAGCUUUUGACCUAAAAAUGUUUAUUCCAGAAAAUGGACUCCCCACUGAUGUAAUUGUAAUGUAACGGAGACUCGUUUGAGCUCAGCUUGAGAUCCAUAUGUGGCAGGAUAAGUGAUUUAUCUUAUUGGCCUGUUUGGGGUAUGGUUUUGGGCAGACCAAUGAGGUAGAAGCAGCCAUACUAUUUAAGGACCCUUAUUUUUGCGAGUGUGUACGUGUCCUGCUGGUUCUGGGUUCUCCUCUCCCUGGCAUUUCCGUUCCCGUUUUUGUACGUGUUCAGGUAUGUUGAGACUCUGCUGACGGAGUAAUGAUGUGUUCAGCUCAAGGCUAAUAUGAACUAUUUAUAGUUUAAUUAUAGCAGAGCUGGUGGCAUGUUUGUGGUGGAGUUCGCUCUCAGGUACGUUUGGUAUCCGCAUUAAAAAUGUUCUUUAAUGAAAAGUUUAGUUGUAUAAUGAUGAGUUUUAGCAAAAAAUAAAUGAGUGAGUAAAUAAUUAAA